CGUUCAAACAUCGAUUUUGUCUCCCCGGACCUGGAGAUCUCUCUCUUCUUCCCCAAUCCUUUCUCUCGUCGCACGCACACGCGCUUCAUCCUCAUCAGCCUCGAUUCAAGAGACCCCCUUUAACUUAAAACCGCCAUAGAAGCUCUCUGCUUGUUUCGUCUGUUUAGUGCCACAUUGGUUGGGUUUGUAGUUUGGUAGGAUGGGUGUGAAGCAGGCUCUAAGGAGCAUCGAUGCGUUCCCAAGAGCUGAGGAUCAUCUCCUUCAGAAAACUCAAUCUGGUGCCGUUGUAUCCAUUGUUGGGCUCCUUAUAAUGGUUAUCUUGUUCUUGAGCGAGCUCAGUUACUACCUUAACACCCUUACAGUGCAUCAGAUGUCAGUGGACUUAAAGCGUGGAGAAACGCUUCCAAUUCAUGUAAAUAUGACGUUCCCAUCUUUGCCUUGUGAUGUAUUGAGCAUGGAUGCUAUCGACAUGUCAGGGAAGCAUGAAGUUGAUCUUGAUACAAACAUUUGGAAGCUCCGUCUCAACAGUCACGGUCAUAUCAUUGGCACAGAAUAUAUAUCUGAUCUUGUUGAAAAGGAGCAUGAUCACUCAUCUCACAAGCACGAUGAACACAAGAAUGAGACGGACGCGUUGAAUUUACUUGGCUUUGAUGAAGCUGCUGAGACGAUGAUUAAGAAGGUGAAGCAAGCAUUGGCAGAUGGAGAAGGGUGUCGGGUUUAUGGUGUCCUAGAUGUACAAAGGGUUGCGGGAAACUUCCACAUUUCAGUUCACGGGCUGAACAUCUACGUUGCUCAAAUGAUAUUUGGAGGGUCCAAAAACGUUAACGUGAGCCAUAUGAUACAUGAUCUAUCGUUUGGGCCCAAGUACCCCGGAAUUCACAAUCCACUUGAUGGCACAAACCGAAUCCUGCAUGACACCAGUGGAACCUUCAAAUACUACAUUAAGAUUGUUCCAACAGAAUAUAGAUAUCUAUCAAAAGACAUACUGACAACAAAUCAGUACUCUGUAACGGAAUAUUACACACCAAUGAACGAGUUUGACCGGACAUGGCCAGCUGUCUACUUCUUAUAUGACCUGUCACCAAUCACUGUGACGAUCAAGGAAGAACGCCGUAGUUUUCUCCACUUGAUCACACGGCUUUGCGCUGUGUUAGGCGGUACCUUUGCUUUGACAGGAAUGUUAGAUCGUUGGAUGUUCCGUAUCAUAGAAUCUUUCACCAAGAAACCGAGCACAAGAAGCAUACACAAGUGAAACAGAGAGAAAGAAAAAGAGCAAAGGAAGGAAGGAAGGAAGAAGAAAUCUCUCAAACCCCAAAGCGUGUAUCUACCUUCUGAGACAAUACCCACCGGAGAUUCCAGGGCAUUUGAUACAUGGAUGUAGUUUUUUGCAUGUUCUCAAGUCUUUUUGAUCGCUUUUUUCUCUCUUAAUGUAUUACUACCCUGAUUCUCUCUGGUCAUGGUCAUCAUCAUCAUCAUCUAGUAGAAUUAUAUGUAAUUUUAUAAACACUUUGCAUC